AUGGAGGAUCAUCGACCCCUCACAUCAGCAGUUCCUCAGGAUGGGUCAGAAGAACAUCACAAUGUCCCACAGGGUGAUCAGGUUUUGAAUCCGGGUGAAAAUCUGAACAUUAUAUAUGUUACAGAGACAUAUGUGAAGGGUGAGGAGCAGAGUAUAGAGGACUUUCCUACAGAUAACCGCCCAGAUAACUUUCUCAGGAGCUCAAAGGGACAUCUGAUACCUAAAGAUUUUAAACCCAGUGAUCAUACUAUCAUACCAGAUACUUAUGAAGAGAAUGUCGUUAUUCCAAAUAUAUCCUCAGACCUGCAAAGCAAAAGUCUAUCAUCUGACCAUUCUCAAAGUGUCCUACCUUUUGAUUUAUCACAGACUGUUAAGCAAAAUAAAGAACACAGAAGGGGUGAUUAUCCAAGAAUUCACACAUGGAAUAGACCAUUUUCAUGUCCAGAAUGUUGGAAAUGUUACAGCUUUAAAUCACAUCUUGUCAGACAUCAGAGAAUUCACACAGGAGAGAAGCCCUAUUCAUGUUCGGAAUGCGGGAAAUGUUUUCGCAGUAAAUCAACUCUUAUUACACAUGAGAGAACUCACACAGGGGAGAAACCAUUUUCAUGUUCAGAAUGUGGGAAAUGUUUUAGCGAUAAAUCAAGUCUUAUUAGACAUGAGAGAAUUCACACAGGGGAGAAGCCAUUUUCAUGCUCAGAAUGUGGGAAAUGUUAUACGAUGAAAUCAAGUCUUAUUAUGCAUCAAAUAUCUCACAAAGAGGAGAGGCCAUUUUUAUGUUCAGAAUGUGGAAAAUGUUUUAAACAUAAAUCAGAUCUUGCUAAGCAUCAGAAAAUUCACACAGGAGUGAAACCAUAUUCAUGUUCAGAAUGUGGAAAAUGUUUUAUCCAGAAAUCAGAUCUUAAUAAACAUCAGAGAGGACACACAGGAGAGAAGCCAUUUUCAUGUUCAGAAUGUGGGAAAUGUUUUAGCGAUAAAUCAUGUUUUAUUUCACAUAAGAGAAUUCAUAUGGGGGAGAAGCCAUUUUCAUGUUCAGAAUGCGGGAAAUGGUUUAACAAUAAAUCAAGUCUUAUUACGCAUGAGAGAAUUCACACAGGGGAGAAACCAUUUUCCUGUUCAGAAUGUGGAAAAUGUUUUAAACAGAAAUCAGAUCUUGCUAAACAUCUGAGAACUCACACAGGGGAGAGACCAUAUUCAUGUUCAGAAUGUGGCAAAUGUUUUAUCCAGAAAUCAGCUGUUGUUAAACAUCAGCGAGUUCACACAGGGGAGAAGACAUUUUUAUGUUCAGACUUGGAAAUGUUAUAGCUUUAAAUCAGAACUUGUUAGGCAUCAGAGAACUCGCAAAGGGGAGAGGCUAUAUUCAUGAACAAAAUGUGGCAAAUGUUUUAAACAGAAAUGAGAGCUUAUUGAACAUUAAUGAACUCACACAGGGAAGAAGCCAUGUUCAUAAUGUGCAAAAUGUUUUAAUUGAAAAUCAAAUGUUACCAUCAGAAUUCACACGGGGGAACCGAUAAUAAUGUUCUAAAUUUAGGUUAUGUUUUAGCCACUAAUAGCAUUGUCCUAAACAUCAAUGCAUUUACACAUGGAAGUAUUUGUUAUAGUCAAAGUAAAGCAUUUUGGAACAUUAAAUGAUGUUUAAGAAAUGUCUAUAAAACCAAUGCCAAUAAACAUUUGUUA